UCUUUCACAGGUAUUUAUUCUAAACUCAAAGACCCAUCAGUGCCUAGGGACGAGAAAUUGUUUUCAGCAAGACUUGCCUGGGACUCCAAUGAUUAUGUGAUACCCAAUAAACAGCAAGUUCUCCUUGACUGGAUCAUCCAGGAAAUUUUCAAUGAAAGCAAGAAAGGUGCUAAGUAAGUACUUUAGAAAAAUGAUUCUCGGUUAGCUCAGUUGGUAGCAAGCUGGUCUGCCGAGUGGUAGGUCAUGAGUUUAAACCCCAGCCAGACCAUGGUCUUAAGAAAAAAAAACUGGUAUGAUCUUGCUGGCUUUGAUUUAAGAUCUUGCCUUAGUUCAGAUGAUAGCAUCUCUGGACGGUGACUUUAGGCUGUUGGCUUUGUCUCCUUUAUCGUUCUUUCAUUAGUAAGAUCGAAGGGAACAAAAAAGAACCCAUACUUCUGAGCGAAAAGAGUAGGGAAAGUUUUCCCAGAGGUGUGUUCUACCUUUCACAUCUAAGCAAUAGAAAACAUUUUUGUGUUUGCAUAGCCUGAUAUAAACCCAAGAGGAGUUGGGAGAAUUCGAAAGGUUUGCAUAACUGUCGGGAAUUCUCCCAACCCCUUGAAAAAUGCAAAGCUCUUUGUUAUCAAGGCACUGAUCACAAUAAAAUUGAAAGAGAAAUUCUUACCAGUCGCGAAGACUUGUACACGAAGUCUUGCACAGGUAAUCAGUUCUUAUUUUGCAAAAAAGAUGCUUUCCAAAAUAUCGAUUUUUCUCGCUUAAAAUGUCAGCCUAAGCAUUAAAAAAUUGACACAGCAUGUUUGUAAAGAUUUUCCAAGUUUCAGCCGAUGAGGUAAUGGGUAAGUGGGUAAGUAAAGUAAACUUGUCGAGUUUUCAACUAAAAAAUCUUCUUCAAAACAUCUUGACAUCACAACUAUGUUUACAUACUCUCAUGCUAUCUUAGUUAUUUUAUAAAUCAUUUAUAUCAUGGGCUGGGUGGGUUACAGUAGGCUCAUACAUGUAAAUGGAUGAUAUUGACUGCUAAUGGCUUCCUUGUAUGCUGACAUCCAAGCUUACUGUUAACAUGUUGAUGAAUAAUGUAAAGAGGGCAUGUCUGUUGUCCUCUCAUCCACGUUUCAUUCAUUCAUUCAGGUAAAGUACUAUACACAGGUCAGAUGUACUUAUAAAAUUCCUGAACUGCUUAUUACUCAGGCAUACUGAUUACAAGGAGUACACAUGUUUGUGGAAGUUACUUCUUCAUGCUCUUCAGAGUCAGCAACUUGUUUCUCAUGCAAAAAUACCCGUCACACUUAAACCCCAGCUUGUCCAGGUUUGUCACCAAAUCUCUCAAAUUGUAAUUUGUGUUAUGUAACAAAAUACAUGUAAUAAUACUUUGUAUGUGUUACAAGUGAAGGCAUGCAAUCUGCAGUGCUUGAUAUGUGAUGAAAGUAUCAAAAUAUUUGACGAUCUGUUCAUAUUGCCCUUCAGCAGUAUGUUUGAAACUAAACGUUGUACAUGUGAGACCUUUAACUGCUUAAAUAAAAAUCAAAAUCUGAUCUUUUGCCAGUCAAUGUGUUAAUGACAUUAUCAAGGAUAAGAAAAUGUUUUACGUGGAGCUAUAAUAAUUAUUAUAUAGAAAAAAAGAAAUGUUGUAAAGUAAAAUAAAAUAUGCAAAAAUUGUAAGAAUGGGCAAAGUAUGUAUGAAAGGUAUAAAAUAAUUUAUUUAUAUUUAAAAAAUUAUCAAUUUGAAUAAGAUACAACAAUGUAAUGAGUGUGUGUCACAGAACAAAGAUAAAAGGUCUGCAAAUAGUUAUCUGCUGCAUUCCUUGUAAUUUUGUUCAUUGUUUCUAUCAGGUAUUUACAGAUACAUUUUUGUGUCAAGAAACUGUUUGGGAAGAGAGCUUUGUAGAUGUUGUUACCAGCUGCUGCUUCACUGUUUUGUCAAAUACUCAGCUGGCAUCUUGUUUGCUGUCAAAGUUUGAAGGUUAUGUAAGUGCAUAAAACUUUAGUUUUUUGCAUGUCGACGAAGGAUUGAAUUUUGCACAAGGAAAAAUUUUUCCUGUUUGGAUAUGAUAUACAUGAUUGUACAAUGUAUGUCUGACCAAAAAACCAUGUUAUUCAAACACUCAUUGUGUUGACCUUUAAUUAUUUUCAUUAGGCACAUUACACUUUGUGAAACAUUUAGGUUUGUACUUUCUUUCAGGUGACAUUUUUGUCAGCAUUGCUAUCCUCUUUUGAACCAAUAUGCUGUGAUUCACUAAAAGUGGUCCAUCAUUUAGUUGAAGUCUGCUUAGAAAAUUAUCUUCUUGUGCAAAGGCGGCAAGCUAACCAACGAAAGGUGGGUGUAAAUCACGAUCUAGCCCUAAAUUAACCAAGAGAGUUACAGUAUGUGUAGAUCUGUCAUCAGACGACUGACAUCUGAGGUCUGUCUUUAGAAUUAGACAUCAGUCGUCUGACAUCAGAGAUCUGUCAUCACACAUAAGACAUCAGACGUCUGACAUCAGACAGUAGACUUCAGACCUUUGACAUUACACGUCUGGCAUCAGACAUCUGACAUUAGACAUCUGUCAUCAGACGNCUUAGAAAAUUAUCUUCUUGUGCAAAGGCGGCAAGCUAACCAACGAAAGGUGGGUGUAAAUCACGAUCUAGCCCUAAAUUAACCAAGAGAGUUACAGUAUGUGUAGAUCUGUCAUCAGACGACUGACAUCUGAGGUCUGUCUUUAGAAUUAGACAUCAGUCGUCUGACAUCAGAGAUCUGUCAUCACACAUAAGACAUCAGACGUCUGACAUCAGACAGUAGACUUCAGACCUUUGACAUUACACGUCUGGCAUCAGACAUCUGACAUUAGACAUCUGUCAUCAGACGUUGGACAUCAUACCUCUGUCAUCCGAGGUCUCACAUUAGACGUCUGUUAUCAGACAUCUGUCAUCAGACGUCUGACAUCAGACGUCUGACAUUAGACACCUGUCAUCAGACAUUUGACAUCAUACCUCUGUCAUCAGAUGUCUGACAUCAAAUGUCUGUUAUCAGACAUCUGUCAUCAGACAUCUAGCAUCAGACGUAUGACAUCAGAUAUCUGUCAUCAGACGUCUGACAUUUGACGCCUGUCUUUAGACAUUAGACAUCAGUCAUCUGACAUCAGAAAUCUGUCAUCACACAUAAGACAUCAGACUUCUGACAUCAAACAUCUUACAUCACACAUAACACAUCAGACGUCUGACAUCAGACAUCUGACAUCAGAUGUCUGACAUCAAACAUCUGUCAUAACACAUCAGACGUCUGACAUCAGACAUUAGACUUCAGACCUUUGACAUUAGAGGUCUGACAUCAGACGUCUGACAUCAGACAUCUGUCAUCAGAAUCUGUCAUCAAACAUCUGACAUCAGACGUCUGACAUCAUACCUGUGUCAUCAGAUGUCUGACAUCAGACAUCUGUUAUCAGACAUCUGUCAUCAGAUGCUGACAUCAGACGUCUGUUAUCAGACAUCUGUCAUCAGACGUCCGACAUCUGAUGUCUGACAUCAGACAUCUGUCAUCAGACGUCUGACAUCAGAUGUCUGUUGUCAGUCAUCUGUCAUCAGACAUCUGACAUCGGACGUCUGACAUCAUACCUCUGUCAUCAAACGUCUGUCUUUAGACAUUAGACGUCAGUCGUCUGACAUCGGAGAUCUGUCAUCACAGAUAACAAACAUCAGACGUCUGACAUCAAACAUCUGUCAUCACACAUGACACAUCAGAGGUCUGACAUUAAACAUCUGACAUCAGAUGUCUGUCUUUAGACAUUAAGCAUCAGUCGUCUGACUUCAGAGAUCUGUCAUCACACAUAACAGACGUCUGUCAUCAGAUGUCUGUUAUCAGACAUCUGUCAUCAGACGUCUGACACCAGACAUUGACAUCAGCCAUCUGUCAUCAGACAUCUGACAUCAGACGUCUGUUGUCAGACAUCUGUCUAAGAUUGCUUGAAAACAUGAGUUAUUUGUUAAACAGGCCCUGGGUGUAAAGAAAAUGAUUUGUAGGAAAAGACCAUCAUUUCAUGCCUGUUUAGAUUUUAAAAAGGGAGGAACGGACUAGACAGAUGGACAGAUGGAUGGACUGAAGAGACAGAUGGACUGGGUGAAAGGAUGGACAGACUGACUGACUGGAUAAAAGGGGUUUUGGAUGAUUUUGGUCAAAAUUUUUAAACUUACUUUAUUCUUUAUUUUUGUGCAAAACUUGCCAUGAAAUAGUGUUUGGUAAUGCUAAGCCUAGAUGAUAAAAAUGGACAGACAGACGGAAAUAUGGACAGACGUGUGGGACGGACAGACAGACAGGACUCAAGAUAUCGGGUUCCUACUGUACAUGUACAGUGUAAAUUUGAGGAUUCAGACUAAACAUUUCAGAUAAUUAGGUUUUUUGACCCAGGAUAGAGGAUAACUUAUCCAGCUGUUUUCCGUUGAAGUUCCCGUGAACAAACUAUUAAGUAGUCCACCAUGAUGUGCGGUCAAUACAAUGUAGGCCAUUUUCAAGUUGCUCCAACUUCUGUUUCAAACUGAGGAUAAGUGAAAGGCCAUUGUAAUGAAAAUGAGUUUUUAUUCUCAUGAAAAGAAAAUUUAUUUUCACAAGUCAGAACGAUUUUGAAAGUGAGAAUUCUUUAAGGUGGCUAUGGUAUGUUGUCUGCUUUUGUUGCUGAGUGAAAUACGUAGGUUUUUAACAGCAUUCUGUUAUAAUGUUAUUAUUUUACGUGGCUGACUCUGUGAGGGCAAGGUGAAGUGAAUCCUGUCUUCUGAUGAGCUACUGGUGUGGGCAAGAUGGCCUAUCUUGCCUAUUUGGGGUCACCUGCUUUAUCCUGCUAGAAAAGAUUAUGAUCUGGCCAAAUUAAUACUAAAUUCUUUAUUGUUUGGUCAAGAUGGCUGAAAGUCUUGUGGGAGCAGAACCGUCUUUUGACUUCUUUUUGAAUGAGUUUCCUGCAGAAAGAUAAGAUUGGCCUUUGUUUUCGACGCCACGUAAAGAUCUUUCACCUUUUACGAAAGUUAUUUAUGCCCCUUACAUUCAGUGAGAUCAAUUCACAAGUGUCCAGUACCAUCUUGAUGCAUCAGCGAAAGAAAGGUGUGGUUGAUGAAGCUAAUCAGAACAAAGAAUGAAGCAAAAAGAGAAGAAGGAAACAUGUACUGUACAUUAUGAAACAACGUGUGAACCUUUGGGCUGAGUACCUAAAAGAAAAGUAAAAAAAACUUACAAAUGACAGUAUCCAUAUUAAAAGAACAGCAUAUCACGUAUAAGUUGAAUAACAUCCUAAUUACAGCACAAAAAGCCGAAAAUUGUAUAAACAAAUAUCAAAGAAAUCACGAAUACUAAACACCCAAGACAACUUGACACUGAAAAAAAGGGGAGAAAAAGAUGGCCUGAGUAGCCUGUUUUUGACUUCUUCUUGAUUGAGGAGGAGAAAAAGAGGCUCUAUGGAGUUGCCGCGGUCUGAACUUCUAGACUGGUCAAUCUUGUUUUUUCUGGUAAAACGGGUUUUUCAAGGGGCGAGCAUCUGUUUAUUGACAAAGCUGAUGGUCAUGACCGAGUUGCUUUACCAAGUGCACUGUUAUUAGGCCUGGGUUGAAACUGAAUCCUAGUAACAUGCAGCGCAUGCUCAACAAAGAUCUUACUUGAUUCAGGCAGAAUCUUUCCUAAGUUCACCUAAAUCAAGCAAGCGAAGGAAAGGCUUCGCUGGUAGAGUGGCUGAAUGUUUGCCUUUUUUUAAAAACAUUUUUCUCGUUUUUUUUUUUUGUGGGGUGGAGGCGGGGGGGGGGCAUUUUUUUGAACAUCGACUUUAUCUUGGAGCCUAAAAAUGCAAAUAAAAUAAAACAAUAAUCUAGAAUAAAAUAAUGAAAGAAUCAAUGCAGAUGAACCAAAUUAUAUUCAUUUGGCUGAUUAUUCAUGGACUGGAUGACAUUUUCUGGCUGGUGUGUAAUGAUAACAAUUAGCAGAGGUUAUAAUGUACAUAUUCUUAUUCCAGAAUACAGCAGACUAUGCCUAACUAUCAUCUUUCUUUUAAAAUCAAUAGGUGUUUGCUGCCAUGUGUCAACAGCUUUUUGAACCAUUAGCCAUCCUGCGUCAUAAGUUAAAGGUACAUGAAGUAGAGUUUCAAGGUGAACUUGGUGAUGAGCAGCUAAAAAAGGAAAGACACAUCUGUGAACUGGUGGAGAUAGCCCUGUCAAAAUCUCUUUUUCAUCGGUAAAAGUUUUCUGAUAAUUUUAUUGAAUCGUUCUUCCCAUUCUUCGUUCUAGUAACAUAGUAAUAAUUAUUCCUCGCAAAGCGAGGUUAAAAAUUUUUCAAAAGUCAGGUCGUGUAGGGGUUGCUAUGGUUGGUGGAAUCUCGGGCUGAUGUUAAAUAUAAACAAGACAAGAAUUUUGUUUGUACUACAUACAGAAAGAAAAGACAUUAAAAAAUAACUAAUUCUGUAAGGUACAAGCCACCUAGAAAAAGCUAAUCUAGCUAGGAGGCAUUAUAGAUUAUUAAAGAGGUUGUUUCAUGAAGGCACUAGUAGAAAACUAUGUAAAAAACAAACAAACAAAUAAACAAAGAAAAGAAAAGGAAAAAAACGCACAUAUACAGACUUGAAUCACUGAAAAAUUGAGGAACAUUUCUCGAGUAAAUGACAUGAUAAAAUGGCAAAAAUCAGGCACAAAUAGACGAAGAAGUAAAAAAAGGGUGAAAAAAGGAAAAAUAUGAUCACUAGGUCGAAACCAAAUGGGAGGUCAGAGAAACACGUGCGCCCCCAUCAGCUGAAGCAUAUGUCAUUGGGUCUAGUAUUGGGUCGGCCUCCUCCUCAAGCGCUUUGAUUUUUGCACUUUUGCCACGCACGAACAAAGGCGAGCGUGAAACACGCGUGAGUGACUGGUGAUAAUUCGCGAGGGAGCACAGGAAGGAGAAAAAAGACAGACUCGUCCAUUAACUCCUUCCCGUCUUUCUUUGUACGCAACUUUACAUUGAGAUAAAGACACCUGGGAACGAGGCAGGUACAUUAGGUUGUUUGGGUACUGUUACCUAGUAACAUGACCAUCACAAACAACAACGCAUGUCUGAAGCUGUAAUUUACAAUUAGGAGCUGUUACUGGCCUAUAGGCCCUUUGCAGCUAGCAAUUCACGUGGUAUAAAACAGCCGUGCUGGAGAGCAAAAGUCGCACUGGGACAAGACAAACAAAAGGCCAAUGUCAUUUAAAAUUUUAUUUCUUAUGUUUGUCUUGUCUCUUUGAGUCUCUGGCUUCCCAGCACAGUGGUUUUAUACCACGUGAAUGGCUAGCUCCAAAUGGCCUAUUGCUCCACUAAUUCCAGAUUUUGACCAGAAAAUGGCUAAACUGCACCGUAAGUUCAAAUGGCCUUUUCUGGCUAAACUUCUAUGGGUAAAUGUGACAAAACGAAUACUGACUUUGAGGAAUGUAGGUGUUUGUGGUGUAGUAGUAUAGCUGUCUUCUUCGGUCGUGCGAUAGAUUCUGUGGGAUGUCUUUUUUGUCUUUUUCUUCNUUUGUACGCAACUUUACAUUGAGAUAAAGACACCUGGGAACGAGGCAGGUACAUUAGGUUGUUUGGGUACUGUUACCUAGUAACAUGACCAUCACAAACAACAACGCAUGUCUGAAGCUGUAAUUUACAAUCAGGAGCUGUUACUAGCCUAUAGGCCCUUUGCAGCUAGCAAUUCACGUGGUACAAAACAGCCGUGCUGGCAAGCAAAAGUCCACUGGGACAAGACAAACAAAAGGCCAAUGUCAUUUAAAAUUUUAUUUCUUAUGUUUGUCUUGUCCCUUUGAGUCUCUGGUUCCCCAGCACAGUGGUUUUAUACCACGUGAAUGGCUAGCUGCAAAUGGCCUAUUGCUCUACUAAUUGCAGAUUUUGACCAGAAAACGGCUAAACUGCACCGUAAGUUCAAAUGGCCUUUUCCGGCUAAACUUCUAUGGGUAAAUGUGUGAAAACGAAUACUGACUUUGAGCAAUCGUAGGUUUUUGUGGUGUAGUAGUAUAGCUGCCUUCUUCGGUCGUGCGAUAGAUUCUGUGGGAUGUCUUUUUUGUCUUUUUCUUCCUUGGCUUUUCUCUCCCUUUUUUCUUUCUGUUGGAUCCUUUCCCUAAGCUUCGGGAAGUUCUGCAAGACACGUAUUUCUAGUUUUAUACUACAUGAGAAAUUUCGUCAAUUUGAUUGGCUAAUACCAGUGGUAUUUCAGCUUAAUUUGAAAUACCCAUAUGUGCACAUUACAAAACCUUUGCGAGCAGUAGUAUAAACAAAUAAUAGAAUGAUUUGUACGUGAUAGUUAGCAUAAAUACCACCAGUGAUAUUUCAAAAUUGUCUCAAAUUAUGUAUAACAAUUUCGAAAUAUCACUCGUGGUAUUUAUGGCAAAUAUCACUACAAAUCGUCUUUUUCAUUAUCCUUUGCAUGUAAUAGGGAUCAUUUAGCAGAGUAUCAGCAAGCCUUGAAAGGAGUGAGAGAGGAAAGGCAAACGGAGUCUGAAGAACCCUCCAAGAAAAAGGCCAGGAUUUCCAGCUAUCCUAAACAGCUCUUUGACAAAUUAUGGGAAAUUUCGUUGGAUUCAGUUUCGGCAGUGAGUAAACAUCUAUUCCUUUUUGAUAAAAAAUAAUAAUAAUAAUUGAAAAUAAUAAAAAUCCAAAUGUACAUAAAAAUAAUUUUAAAAAACCCUCAGUACUGGUUACAUGUAUUUAAAUGUUUCUAUAACCUUAAGAAUAAAGAUAAGCGAAAAACGUUUAAUAACACACCGUUUCGACGUCGCCAUUAUCAAGUGACAAAGAUAAAACUAAAAACUGACUUGAUGUAUACAGUUUAAAGUGACAAAAUAAAGAACAAAAGUAAUAUGUUUGUUUGUUUAUUCUUAAGUGUUUAACAAAAUUUAACUUGUUUCUAUAACCUGCCAGGAUCAUGAAUCUCCAUCUUUAAAUUUCUAAUUAUUUUGUUGGUUUAAUACAUGCAGGUAAACACGGUGCGUGCAAUGAAAGAUGUCGGAAGAAAAGCAUUAUUGGAACUACUCCCUUUCCUGUUGAAAGAAUUUAUUACCUCCAGUAGGUUAGUAAUGUUCUUUAUUUUUGCUUAGUUGGUUUAUGCCCUGUUCACACAUAUCCAGAUAUUUUUGAAAACGGAGACUUUCUUUGUCCGUUUUAACCUCUCGUCUACACGAACAGGUAAACGGCCUUUUUGGGCAUUAAAAACUAUGUUAUCAAAAGCGGUUUCUAGAGUGGAGAUUUUUGAAAACGCCGGCUUCUCAUUUACGUGUGGACGGACGAAAACAGAGGUUUUCGAAAGCGAAAAUACAUGUACUAUCAUCACAGAUGCUCUUUAAGGGAUGCUAUGACAUUUCCAUAGUUUUAGCUUUUUCAUGUGGACAUGCGAAAACUAUUCAAAUACGCUACAUGUGGACGCGUAUUUUUUUGAAAAUGGUGAAAAAAAAUAUCCGUUUCCACAAAUAUCGGCGGAUACGAGUCAACAGAGCUAUAAAUGAUAAUUGAAGAAGUUCAUGUACUAAACCAAAUAGGGGAAAUCAUGCCCAAUUUCUCGAACGGUAACCCUCGAUUUCUCGAGCCGCUAGUAAUUGGCCUUCGGACCCGAAGAUGUGCCGGUUGGCAGCCGACCUCGAUGCACCUUAGCCCAGGCGACAAAAAAAACACCUUGAUACCCAACCAGGAUAACCUCCAAAUAACCCAAACUGAUUUCCAUCCUUAGUCAUUUUAGCCCGAUUAAUUUUGUUGAACCUGCUAAUAAUUGAAAAUGUUUCUUUUUUCCCAUGAGCCGAUUUGAAAAAAAAAAACAGGGUUAGAUUGUAGUUUGAAAAUUGUUUUAUUUCCUCAACAGAAAAAUGAAUAAAUCGACAUCUUCGACAGAGUUUGACUUUUUCACUGAAAUGUGUGAGAUUAUGGGUGUGUUAAAUGGCAGGUGUCAGUCAUCUGUUUGCACCUUACUCCAUCAGAUGCUGGAAUGCAUACUUUGGCAGGACGUUUAUCAGGUGAGUAAUACUUUACACUUUGAUAAUGUAAUGCAUGUAAGAGUCAAAUAAAUCACUGUAAAAUCCCCCACUACGGAAUUGUCAGCCCGGAAAGAAGGUUAGAAAUCAAAAGUUUUGACUGAGCACUCUCUUGUUUUGCACUUACCAGAACAACAUAACUAAGCUAAACAAUGUUGUAAUAAUAGCUGGAAUUUUUUUCCCAACAGCGCGCGCUCUAAUUGGUUACUUCGAGGUCACAUGGCAUCUAACAAUGAAACUGUUUCCCGCCAAAAUCUCUGAGCGGGUAUCAUUACAAAAAUCUAUGACGUCACGACCGCCGUUACAGCGAGGUUCAAUAAAUUUCCAGCUACAGCUCUGUAUAACAAAUCAGUUUAAGACUGGUCCCUCGGGAAACAGUUAAGUUUGUCUCCCUCGAAUCUCAAUGUUUCCCGCGGCUCUGCCACGGGAAUCAAAAUUAACUGUUUCCCUCUGUACCAGUCACUAAGUGUUUAUUAUUUUCCUGCGUCAUCUAGACAGAUUAUAUUCAAAUGCGCCCGUAAUUACAAAAUAUACGUUGCUCCUUGAAACCUAGUCAAUGUUCUCUGUAUAUCGUUUACACUGUUUGAUGAUCAUUAUUAUUUUUUAGGUAGCAAAUGACAAUUCAAAUGGCUCUGUACAGUUCCUUUGGCUUGAGAAGUUGGUAAAAGUUUUAAUUCACGAAGCCGAACUUUGGUAAAUAUUUUAUAUCUUCGCACAAGACGUCAUUUUGGAGAUUUUCCCGCUAUUUUUGUUACCCAGACGGGGGCUUUGCCUCUGGGGUUUCUUGGUGACGUAAUACAAAAGAUCGAAUAGAUACUGAACAAUACACUUACAAUAGUUUCCGUAACAACAAGAAACCCCGUAUUUAGCCUAAACGGGUAUCUGCCAUCCUGAGUUCUUUAUUUUUGUUAUUGUUAUUCAAGCGAUGCAGUUUUUCGGUGCCUUGAUGUCUUCUUGAAACUCAAUCACUCCUUGCUCGAGCCACGCUUGGAAAUUAUUUGGAAGAUGCUGUGGAAGCCGGAAGAAUAUGGUGCUCAACAUUCGUUGAUUUCUUCUCUUAUCACAACUUAUGUUAAAUUACGUCAGGUAUGUAAAACAUAUGAACGUAUCGCCGUUAAUGUUGCAUUUAUGACAAGAGUGAUUUUGUAGCAGUUAUUCCCUCAAGUCGUUUCUCCUAACAAAAAUGUCUUUUGUUUGUGGCUUUUGUUUUUGUAGUUUGAUAAACUGGUUGUCGCAGUUUUAACUUCAUUAAGAACCCUGGAGUCUUCAUCAUUUGGUCUAACACCACUGUUUAAACAGAGG